UGCACCCCAUCCUAAAUACUGAACUGAUGUAAUUUGGAGGAGGUGCAGGCAGGUGAAAGGUCUCUGUGGGAAUGAGGAGGAAGCAGACUGCUUCAUGGGUGCUUCUUUGAAAUGUAGCAUCCCAUGGGAUGGGAGAAGCAUCUUGCAGAUGCGUGAGCCAGGUGUAAGACCUGUCCUUGGCAGGUGCAGUGUAGCAGCAGCCAGAGAGGCCGAGAGCAUUGUCUCAUUCUCUUCCAUCUUUUGGCUGAGAUGGGAAGAAAACGUAGCCUGAAAUCUGAGAGAGACUUGUGCCCCGUAAUGCGGUGCACCAGCACACAGGUCUCAGAUGGCAGCAAAAAGCCCUCGGUCAGACCGGUGAUGGUUUAAUGACCGUGUGUAAAUGAAAAGUGCCACGGGGACACGGAGUGCUCCUCAUGAUCUUGGCUUAAAUGCGAUAUUCAGUUAGUCUACAGUUAACUACACUGGUGUAAUUGCUGCUAAUAGACUUCUGCAUGCUGCCUGUGCGGGGAUUGGUAAUGACAAUCAGAGCAAGAAGCAGGGAAGGAGAUGACACUUGGAGCCUGCUUUUAUUUUAUUUUUCUAUACUCAUUUUGCCAGAUCCUUGUCAUGCUUUUAGCGCUUGUUGUGGUUUCUUGUUUGAAUGUCACAGUCUUAUUUGAAGUUUAAUUGCUCUGCUAGCUGUAAGACCCUGUUUCUUCUAAGUUUGCAGAAGGUACAGAGUUGUUGGUGACACUGAGAAUCGCUACAAAUCAUGUAGCUGAGGCAGGAGGAGGAAGAAGCUGCAGGGAGUGUGGCACUUUAUUCCCCAAAAAGUAUUUGCAUGAACAGACACAACUUCACAGUCUCCUGCUCCUUGCCUCAGCCUUUUGUGCAUGCCAAUGAGUUGAUUUGAAGAGAAGUUUGAUGUCAGCCCUGAAUCAGAUAACAUGGAAUUUCUUGCAACAAAAGGGAGUUGUGCAGCAAGUUUGUCAGGGCGGUAUGGUUCUGACAGUACACUAAAAAGCUCCCUUGACAGUGAGCCAUGGAAAAGCAAGGCAUGGAAAACACAUGGAAAUAACAAGGUGUUUUUAUAAAAAAUCAGUCAUACUGUCAUCGGCUGCAACACGACAUGUAUUUUCUUACAAGCAAUAGCCGACUGAAUGAGCAAGUGGUUGAUAAAAUUAUUCUUCAGCUUAACAGAGUCUACCCCCAAAUACUUACCAAUGCAGAAGCAGAAAAGUUCAGGAAUCCAAAGGCAUCACUCCAUACCAGGCUUUCAGAUCUGAUCAAGCACCUUCAGAAGAAAGGAGACAGACACUGUCAAGAGUUUUACAGGGCUCUGCAGAUCAAUGCUGAGCAGUUGUAUAAUGACCUGCCAAGCAGGAAAAUCUUGAAAACCACAGAUUCCACAGAGAUAGACACUGACAAGGAGAAAUAUAUGCUAAAUGACAGGGGUCCAGUGUUUUUCCUCGCUUGUUUCAGCAUUGCUGCAGGAUUUGCGUUAUUUUGGUAUUGCUGUAACUCAGAUGCGAAAGUCGUAGGAAGACCCAGGAGAAUCUUGGGCUUUUCGCCUAUUAUCAUAGGAAGGCACGUUAGAAAUAUUUGUAUGUUGUAUUUGGAAGACAUAUGAAGAAAUUAAGGAGAAGCUGCCUCUUCGCUUGUCUGUACAGUAUACCUGCUGCGGGAAGACAACGGUGCAUGAAUAUUAAUGUACUAUACUCUCAUACCAAAGAUUUUACUAACUAGCUUCAUCAAUAAGUGUGUUGCCUCAAGAUGUAUUCAGAAUUUCAGCUAUAUAUGUCCGUCCUUAUGGGAACGGACCAUUUAUUUUUGUAAAUGCUUAUUUUAAAAUAUUUAUCAUUUGGAUAAAAAAUAUUUUUAAUACAAACUUUAAAAUGAUAUCCUAAGUGAUCAUGGGUCUUAAGCCAUGUUUGCAUAUGUGUUUUAUACUGGAAUGAAGGAUCACAACUGUUUAAAGAAUGCUAGCCUAUCUUUUGUGAUAAUUAAUUGAAGAAAAGCACUUACACGCACUCAAAGCCUUACUAAGAAAUGGAUCGCCAUCUCAGGACUGUCUGUUUCGUCUGGAUCCUUUAUACUGACUGCCUGAGCUCAGGUGCGCACUGGCACCUACGGAGCUCCUCGGUGCCAGUAACCUUUGCAUCUGCCUAGCACUUGCUGUGUUUGCCGAUUCUCCUCUUCGUGCCCCGUCCCAGCCUGCCUUCUUCAUGUUGGCCGUGUUUGAAUGUACUGGAGCUGGUGCAGACUGGUUCCCAGCCCACGGAGGGGCCCAGGGACUGGAGUGCCCCAUCCCAAGCACUUGAAACUACCAAGAGAAUUUUUCAGAUUUAUUUAGUAUUUCUCUUUCCAGUGAAAUGUUUUGCAGUCUGUAUAUCUGAGAAACUGAAGUAAUCCAAGAUAUUUUGCAGGGACUUAAGUGCCAUGACAUGGGGCUUUUUUUAUGGCCAAAAACAUGUAUACUAACUUGAAGAGCCUGAGGUUGUUCGUAAUGUUGUUUAUGAUCUUAUGUUUUUCUUCUGUGAGUUGAAACUUGAAAAACUUGCAGAAACCAUUGUAAGACUAAAAUUCUGGAGGGAGACACAGGGAGUCAGGGCUGGAAGUGAAGCAGCUUGGGGUUUCUUAGCUGUAAGAACCUAGCCUUGCUCCUGCCUAGCUCAGGACAAAUGGCUCUCCUCUUCCAGAGGGGAGGUGCAGUAGUUCUGAACCGGCUGUGAGAAGUGACGUUUUCAGUGCAUAGUUCUUCAGUUCCCCGCUCGAGAGCGGACGGAGCUUGGGGAGAUCAAGUCCCUGUACCUGGGAGAAUGAUGCCUUGUGGCUCUUCGCUCACUGACGCAACUUUUAGUCAAGUGAAAUUUGAUUUGAUCUGGAAAUCUCUUCAUUCAGUCACCUGAAUAAAAGUUGCAGCUGUAUCACAAGUGACCACACGCUGGAGGAUCCCAUGCAGAAUUUUAAGUCAUUUGGAGUGGUUUUCUCAAAACAGUCAGACUGAAAAUUGUCUUCUAGCUUUAAACUUUAUUCAUGCUAAAAAAAUGUCAUCUUCUCCAAAGUAAAUCAUCUUGUAAUAACUAUUUCCUUCCAGGACAGCACUCACGGGAUAUAGUAGCAAGCAUAGUUCCUCCUCUGGACUAUGAGUGUAGGGCCAAAUUUUCAAAUAAAAGACCCAAAGUGUAUUUGUGGGAAACAUCUUGAGAGAUGACAGAGGGCUCAGAGGACCUGAUUUUACUCUUCUGAUGAAAUGUUUUUACCGAUGGCAUUGGAGCAUGGUUGGGACAGGAGCCAACUCCACGUAGAGGUAGCCACAGUCUUUGUUAGGUCGAAUCUCUUUGUGGUCGUCACUGGCCUGCGUGCAGCUCACCUCAAAACACCCAAGUGCAAUCAAACAGGCUGCAGGGAUAAGCUCCGACCCCAGUGUAAGGCAGCACAAGCUGUUUGGUUCGGUAUUUAUUGUGACGCUGGGGAGGUGAGCUCCCAGUUGCUGGGUUUACGCUGCUGAUGGUGCCUCCAGCAGCCAUGUCGGAGCUGCCACGGCUGUUUUUGCACAGCUCCAGCCGCUGCUUUGACCGCAGAGCUGGCGUUUCCCUAACAGCUCCCCGGUGUAACUGCAGCGCUCAGCAGAGCAGUUUCCUGCAGGGGCAGAUGGACGUACCCUGAGAUCAGCAGUGGGCCCAGGGAUAUUAUAAACACUUAAUAGCCUGUCGCUGCAGUGAAAACAUGGAAUGAGACAAACGCCGCGCGAACAAAACAACACCCAGCAGAGCAGUUUAUUUAGGCUUCUUUUCCCCUGCCUCCACCCCACCAGCUCUUGGGUCUCUUCGAUCUAAUCUCCACGGGGACUCUUAUUAGGGAGAAGAUGGUGAGGGAGCUGAGCGCGUUUCCCGUGGAAUUGGCUAACUGUGAGGCUCUGCUGCCCUCGUUACACAACGAUCUGCUGUUGUGCCGCCUUCCAUCUUGGGAAGCGCUCUAAUUAUAUUCUGUUGUUUCCUUUCUGCCUUGCCUUGUGCUUAAGGUGACAACAGCUUGGGGUUUUUUUUCUCCAAGAAACCAGCUCUAAUUUGUAACAUUUGAAAUGAAAUGUUCCUUUCCCCACUGCUGCUUACCUCCUACAGCAGCCCAUUUUUAAGGGACUAGAAAAAAUACCUCUGAAAUCUAAAGGGGUUUUAAAUCUUUGCUUUGAAGCCAACUUUGAAACCUUGUUAGAGGAACAGUAUUCCAUUUUACAAAAAAAAAAAAUAAAUAUUCAAAUUGCAACAGUCACAUCUCAUUUUAAAGCAGAAACAGAGGCCUUAUUGCUGCUAGGCAGAUUCUUUCUGUUUAGAUAACCCACUGUGUUACCCUUUGAAUAACAGCUUGCAAAUUGUGAGCUGUUACUGAAACCCACAGGAGUUAUGGUGCCUUAUUUAAGCUGAAGGUGCGAUUCUGCUCUACUUAGAAGGAUGCCUCACCGUGCCAGGAGCCCCCCGGGUGGGUAAGACAUCCCCGGGAGCACACUGGCUGUGCAGCAGGACACGGCCCUCCUGCCUCCUGACACCGGGCAGCUUGCUCGAGCCUUGAAAACCGUAUGGAAUGGGAAAGUUUGCUAAAGGCUGUCACUGUGUUGCUUCCCUUUCUGAGGUUGCUUGAGAUGAGGAUGCCUCGCGGGGCGGGGGGGGAAGUCCAGGAUGAGCUAUCCCCAGGGUUAGGGCUGGGAGGAGAGAGGGAAAUGAGUCUUGGUUCAUCCCCAUGUUGUUAGUUAAAGGACGUGACAGCAAAGAAUAGAAAAUAAUCUGUUCCUUUAUUAGUGCUAGUUUUGAAUGUAAAAAGUAAAAGUGAGGCUAGCUAUAAAAUUGGCACGUGCCUAGGUUGGGAGACAUGCUUUUCUUGGAAGAUUUUUCCUUCAGGAGCAAAUUCCAAGGUUUAGUACGCUUCUCCGCAAGCGCAUCUAUGCAGCGCGUGCAGACAGCAUGAAGUGGUGGUUCCAUCGUCAGUCCUGAGGAUGCCCGCCUGUCCUUGCGCGGGAGCCGGGUCCUUGAGGCAAGCAGCGUGUGUUACCCGGCACCGCACCAAGCAGGGGCUCGGAGGAGCCUGGCUGGCUGCAGGGUUCCCUGUCAAGUCAGGAGUAGCUCGGCGUUUGCUGCUGAAGCUGUGCUGGCGUGGAGGAACGUGCUUUGCUCCAUGCGCAGGGAAGGUGUCCUGGCGGUGUAAAAUUCAGUAGGUGGUUACGCGUGCAGAGGAUGGAGGCCGUUCUGGUGAGCACCGUGGUUCUUGCGCUGCAGACAGUAAAUGUACAGGAGCUAUUUGUACAUACCCUCUCUCGGCUUGUGCGGCUCUCCUUGAAGAAGUAGAAUGUUUGCUUUUCCCUACAGCACGAGCAGCAUUGUGCCUUCAGCGGCAUUCUGGGCUGAGGAGCCAAAGCUCUGGCGCACGUGGUGCUCUCCAGAGGGCUGGACAUGGUGCUGGGGAAGGAGAGGCCAGGGUCUCUGGAGGGCGGCUGUGCGGGUUGUCGGGCAGUCGGCCACCCUGCCAGCUCGGGCUGUGCUCUGCAGAGUGCCUCGCACGCCGACCCGCUGCCGCUCCCAACCCUGAAUCCGAGGGGAGGGAAGAGGCGAUGAGCUCCUGCUCUUCAGCCUGGAGCACUCCGGGUACCUAGCCAGAAAUCAUCUUCCUCCUCUGGGUUUUUUUUCUUAUGAAUGGGCUUUUUGAUUUAAAGCAAAGCUGAGCUGCCCCUGAUUGUCUUGGUGGUAAUGUUGGGGCUAUCUACAUCUGAGGACAGGAGGGACCCGGUGCGAUAACCCGCUAGGCAGAGCCGCAGGCAGCCGCCCUGAGCCGUGCGAGUUGUUCGGGCAGAGUGACGGGGCCGUCUGCGCGCAGAGAGGCUGGGAAGCGCAGUGACGGGUCACACCAGGAUUUGCACAGUCCCAUUUAGAGACAGACUGCUAUUUAAAGUACUUCAGUGAAGUAUGAUGUGCCUGCGAGCCAGGGCUGGAAUAAAGCGAUGAUUCAUUCUGGGACAUACUGGGCUACUUCAUAGCUGCUGGCUGCAGUUUUCAAAGCUGCCGAGGCAAAGUUACUCUCUUUGUUUCUUUCACUUGUGAAUUUUUUUUUUCUCAUACUGUAAUAAAUUGAAAACAUAUUUAGUCAAAAUUUGCAGUUGUGGAUGCUUUUCACUGCUGUUCUGUAUGCACAAAUGCUGUUCCAGAGAGAUGCCAUGCCAUAGCUGUGUAGUCGGCGUUGCUGUUACACUGACAAAUGCCAACAGUUCGCUGUACUUCCCAGGUCCUGUGCGUUGUAAUCGUUUCUCCUAACGUACGUCUUCUUGAAUUCUGUAAAAAUUCAUGGAAGUUGGUUGUUGGUUUUUUUAAUGGGGUGAAGCUGGCAAUUAAAUUGAAAUAAAAUCUGUACUGAGAAAAAA